GUCCAUCUCUUAAAAUCCGGGAUUUCUAUUGGUUAAAAUUUAUCUUUUGUUUCUUUUAACUAUGUGAGAGAGACACAAAUAUCAGAUACUGAUAUGACAGAUAAAGAGAAAACGUGUUGGUGGAACGCAACGGAAAUGCAGUGCUGCCAACACAAAAACUAACCAAAAUAUAACCUCAAUCCAAUUACCUCGUGGCCGUUCCUUUUCGUUCGGUGACCGUCAUCAAAAUGGCAACCACAAUAUCGAAAAAACGAAAAUUCGUAGGAGACGGCGUUUUCAAAGCCGAAUUAAACGAAUUCCUGACCAGAGAGCUGUCCGAAGAUGGAUACUCCGGCGUUGAAGUGCGAGUCACCCCGACCCGUACCGAAAUCAUCAUUAUGGCCACAAGGACCGACCGUGUGCUGGGAGAGAAGAACCGCAGGAUCCGUGAGUUGACCUCCGUCGUCCAGAAAAGGUUCAACUUCCCAGAAAACUCCGUGGUACUUUACGGAGAGAAGGUGGCCAACCGCGGGCUGUGCGCUAUCGCACAAGCCGAGUCCCUCCGGUUCAAAUUGAUCGGGGGCCUUGCUGUCCGUAGAGCGUGCUAUGGUGUGCUCAGGUACAUCAUGGAAUGCGGAGCCAAAGGGUGUGAAGUAGUAGUAUCUGGUAAACUCCGAGGUCAGAGAGCAAAAUCGAUGAAGUUUGUUGAUGGUCUUAUGAUUCACUCAGGAGAUCCAUGCAAUGAUUAUGUGGACACUGCUACUAGGCAUGUGUUGUUGAGGCAGGGUGUCUUGGGAAUUAAGGUUAAAAUUAUGUUGCCUUGGGACCCAACUGGUAAGACUGGACCUAAGAAGCCUCUGCCUGACAAUGUGUCUGUUGUGGAGCCCAAAGAAGAAGUUCUGCCUUCAAAACCCAGCAGUGACAUUAAGGCUAUUAAACCUGAUGGCCCAGCUCCAAUACCAGUUGCUGUGGCUUAAAUGUAUUCAUAAGGUUAAAUAAAACAAUGUUUAUAAAC